CUACAUCCAGUGUUCAACAUUAACCUGCUCAAGCAUUACAUCCACCCAGAAGAGUUGGAGCACCCUUCCUGGGAAGCCUUGUCCUUGCUUGCUGAAGACAACCCAUUAAACAUCAAGAAAAUCUUGGAUGUACGAAAAGUGGGCAGACGUUUCGAGUACCUGUUGGAACAAUCAGAUAAACCCAGCUCAGAAACAUCCUGGUUCAUGCUCAACGACAUUCCGGACACCUAUAACGAACUGUUAGAAACUUUCCACUGUCGACAUACGAAACUACCA